CUUCGUUUUUCUAUCGCUGGGUUUAUCGGCGUUCCUGCUUAAUACAGAAAUGGGAGAGCUAUGUAGGCCCCUAAGGCGACAGAGACAGAUAGAGAUCUAUGAGGAACAAAAUGUUAAGCAACAGCUACGUGGAAUCAAUAGAAAGACAGCUUGCAAAGCCAAGGCGGGCAAGUCCUUCACGCCAACUUCCCCGCCCGCCUUUCCUCCAUUGGCUCUCUACCCUCCUCCCCCCAUUUCGGCAGCUCAUCUAUAUCUCCCGCCAAACCACGCCGGCGAAAGCUUUUCUAAAUCUCCCGACACUUUCGCUUCCCGUAUUUCACGAAUGCUGGCUGCAGAUGAUGAUGGAUUCGAAUGCGGUGGGAAAUUUGAUCGAUAUAAUGAUGCUGAGUAGUAGCAACAGCAGUAGUAGCGGCUGUGAGAAUGAUGCUGCAGCUUCUGCGGCGGCGGCGGCGGCGGCGGCGGAGUUGGCGGUGGAGAAGAAGAGGCGGUUCACUGAGACGCAGGUGAAAUCACUGGAGGUGAUGUUUGAAGAACAGGCGAAGUUAGAGCCCAGGAAGAAGCAGCAGCUGGCUAAGGAGCUUGGUCUGCAGCCCCGGCAAGUGGCUAUAUGGUUUCAAAACAAACGUGCUCGAUGGAAGUCCAAGCAGCUUGAGCGAGCUUAUGCCGCUCUCAGCGCAGACUACGAUGCGCUCCGUUCCUCCUUCGAGUCCUUGCUCCACCAGAAAAAUGUUUUAUCCGUGCAGGUGCAAAGGCUUGCGGAGAUGGUGGAGAGUAAUAAUCAACGGGAGAAAAAGGAGAGCAGCAAGCAGAUUGACUUCACUGUAACACGCAGUGAGGCGGAAAAAACUCCGAUACUGAGCUUGUCCUCAAACAAGAACAAUUAUGAUGUGGAGAGGAAAGUGAACCACCUUUCAGUGGGUAAGGAGGUGGAGCAUCAUCUGCACAAAACGAAGGAACAAGCUGGGGGUGGCAGGAUUUUGGUUUCGGAUGACAGUACAGAACAAAAACAGUUCUGCUUCCACAGUACCGGUUGGCCGUCAGAUCAGCUGAUGAAUGGCGGUGGUUGCUCUCAGUGGUGGGAGUUUUUGUCUUACGAAUAAGCAAUAUUUCAUUUCCGUAGACAUUAAGAUGGAGUAACGGGCUCCUCAUUUCCCUGUCAUCUACCGAGAUGAUAAAUAUGUGGCGUGAAUGCGGCAAUUAAAACAGAGGUCUUUAUAAUAGAAAAUCAUGGUAUAUACGGUUGUAAAUAAGUUGAUUUGGAAGUUCUUUUUUUA